UGGACUGUACCUUUCAAACCCUGGGCCCCGGCCCUCGGGCGUUCCGUCGGGCCCCGCACCUCCCCCUCGCCUUCUGGGAGGCUGUGCGGGCGGGGCCGAGGCGGGCCGGGAUGGGCGGAGCUUCCCGCCCCUUGCGCAGGGCUGUGCCCGCCCCCUCGCCCCACAAUGCCCCGCGACAGGAAGCGGGAGCCACGGCUUCCGGGACCUCCUCCGCCUCUCCGGGCGGUUGCUGGGUGCGGUUGGUGGCGACUUGGUGUCUUUGCUGGUGAUGGCCGCGGCCGUCGCUAUGGAGACUGAUGAUGCUGGAAAUCGACUUCGGUUUCAGUUGGAGUUGGAAUUUGUGCAGUGUUUAGCCAACCCAAAUUACCUUAAUUUUCUUGCCCAAAGAGGUUACUUCAAAGACAAAGCUUUUGUUAAUUAUCUUAAGUACUUGCUUUACUGGAAAGAACCAGAAUAUGCCAAGUAUCUAAAGUACCCUCAGUGUUUACACAUGUUAGAACUGCUCCAAUAUGAACACUUCCGCAAGGAGCUGGUGAAUGCUCAAUGUGCAAAAUUUAUUGAUGAGCAGCAAAUUCUGCACUGGCAGCACUAUUCUCGGAAGCGGAUGCGCCUGCAGCAAGCCCUGGCUGAGCAGCAACAGCAGAAUAACACGUCAGGAAAAUGAAAAGCUGGAUCCAGACCAGGCUGUUAAGACAUGCAUAUAUGCUUUUGUACAGUGAAGACAAAGAGACUCUUCCUACCUCCCUUGAUUGUGGUAGCACCUAAACCUUUAGUGUACUAUUUAAUCCAACCAACUUUUUAUUGUUAAUAGAUUAUUUCUGGUAAACCAGAAUUGUUCUG